UCAGCAGUCCUAAAUGGCGGCGGCCAAACCCCCACCGGAGAGCGGGUCCGUUGCGGCAUCCACCAGUGGGGCCCCGUCGUCGCAGUCGACAAGGUGGGUGCGCUUACAGUUGCAUCUGGAGAUGCGCCGAAUAUUGUGCGAGGAUCUUGAAACUGGAUUCCAACAGACGAGAUUCGUAUACUGUUACGGAGAAGAUCUUAUCGGAUCUCGGAAGAAUAAACGGGUUUCGAGGAUCUUCCCCGGUCAACCAACUCAUUUCUUAUUGGAAUUACGUGGCUGGGCUUCCCGCGCACACGUUUCACCGCUGCCGUCUCCCACGCCCAAUAGAACCACGAGCCGCAACACGCAAAAUAAAGCGUUCGAUCGCUAUGUAAGUCAACCACGGUAGAGAGAUCGGAGAGGCUGCGUUCCCACGCUCUGUGCUCUGAUCCGACCUCUGCUGCUCCUCUUCCUCCAUUUAUCAUCCGCGGGAGGAGACUUUAAAGCUUCCAUCCAAGAAUCCGAAACAGAGGCGCAGAACGAAGAGAAGGGAAGCAAACAUGGUGGAGAUGGAUUCGGGGGAGAAGCGCCUCAACGAGCUCGGCUACAAGCAGGAGCUCAGGAGAGAGAUGACUCUGUUCAAGACGCUGGCGAUAUCGUUCUCGACGAUGACGCUGUUUACGGGGAUCACACCGCUCUACGGCUCGAGCUUGCUGUACGCAGGGCCGGCCAGUCUCGUCUGGGGGUGGGUCGUCGUCUCCUUCUUCACUUGGUUCGUCGGCAUCGCCAUGGCGGAGAUCUGCUCCUCUUUCCCUACCACUGGUUCACUGUACUUUUGGGCUGCUCAUUUGGCUGGACCUGUAUGGGGUCCCUUUGCAUCAUGGUGUUGUGCUUGGUUGGAGGCUAUUGGACUUAUUGCUGGAAUAGGCACUCAGGCUUAUGCAGGGUCACAAGUACUGCAAAGUAUCAUUCUAUUAUGCACUGGGACAAACAAAGGUGGUGGAUAUUUUGCACCUCGAGGAGUCUUUCUAGCUAUGUACAUUUGUCUUACAAUUAUAUGGGCAGUCCUCAACACAUUUGCAUUGGAAGUCAUUGCCAUAAUCGAUAUAAUCUCUAUAUGGUGGCAGGUGAUUGGGGGUUCAGUUAUAGUGAUCAUGCUUCCCUUGGUGUCUCUCACCACCAAGCCUGCUUCCUAUGUGUUCACUCACUUCGAAACAGCCCCAGAUUCGACCGGUAUUACCAGCAAGGCAUAUGCAGUCAUCUUAUCUAUUCUUGUAAGCCAGUAUUCGCUAUACGGAUACGAUGCCGCCGCCCAUCUAACGGAGGAAACGAAAGGCGCAGAUAGGAAUGGUCCGAUCGCUAUUCUGUCAAGUAUCGGAAUCAUCUCGGUGUUCGGAUGGGCAUACAUCUUAGCUCUCACUUUCAGCAUCCAGGACUUUAAUUACCUGUAUGAUACUGGCAAUGAGACGGCUGGUGCCUUUGUGCCGGCACAGAUUCUGUAUGAUGCAUUCCAUGGGAGGUACAAUAACUCUGCCGGAGCCAUUGUCUUGCUGUUUGUCAUCUGGGGUUCCUUCUUCUUCGGCGGCCUUUCGAUUACCACAAGUGCUGCCAGAGUGGUGUAUGCAUUAUCGAGGGACAAAGGAAUCCCGUUCUCGUCGGUAUGGCGGAAAAUACACCCCAAGCACAAGGUUCCUGCCAAUGCAGUAUGGCUGUGUGCAGCCAUUUGCAUCCUGCUCGGCCUCCCGAUCCUUAAAGUCAAUGUGGUGUUCACUGCCAUCACUUCCAUUUGCACAGUUGGAUGGGUUGGUGGCUAUGCAGUGCCGAUAUUUGCAAGAAUGGUGAUGGCAGAGAAGAGGUUCAAACCUGGUCCAUUCUAUCUGGGGAGAGCAACAAGACCCAUUUGCUUGGUGGCGUUCCUGUGGAUCUGCUAUACUUGCUCAGUCUUCCUGCUGCCAACACUGUAUCCUAUCAAAUGGGAUACCUUCAAUUAUGCACCCGUUGCUUUGGGUAUUUGUCUGACUCUUGUAAUGCUGUGGUGGGUUCUUGAUGCCAGGAAAUGGUUCAAAGGGCCGGUUAGGAACAUCGAUGUGCAAGAUGGGAAAGUCUGAACUGGCACACUCAUUGUUUUAAGUUCGAGUAAUUCAAACAA